GCCCGCCCGGGCCCGGGGCCGUGGCCGCCCCGGUGCGCUGGGCCGCGGGCGCGCUCGGGAGCGGGGACCCCGCGGCGCUGAGCCCCGCCCGCCCGGCUCGCCAUGGAGGCGGUGGGCGACUUCGAGUACAGCAAGCGGGACCUCGUGGGACACGGGGCCUUCGCUGUGGUCUUCCGGGGGCGGCAUCGCCAGAAAACGGACUGGGAGGUAGCUAUUAAAAGUAUUAAUAAAAAGAACUUGUCAAAAUCACAAAUACUGCUUGGGAAGGAAAUUAAAAUCUUAAAGGAACUUCAGCAUGAAAAUAUCGUAGCACUCUAUGACGUUCAGGAAUUACCCAACUCUGUCUUUCUGGUGAUGGAGUAUUGCAAUGGUGGAGACCUCGCAGAUUAUUUGCAAGCUAAAGGAACUCUCAGUGAAGAUACUAUCAGAGUGUUUCUACAUCAGAUUGCAGCUGCCAUGAAAAUUCUGCACAGCAAAGGAAUAAUCCAUAGGGAUCUCAAACCACAGAAUAUCUUGCUGUCUUAUGCUAAUCGCAGAAAAUUAAGUGUCAGUGGCAUUCGCAUCAAAAUAGCGGAUUUUGGGUUUGCUCGUUACCUACAUAGUAACAUGAUGGCUGCAACACUAUGUGGGUCCCCGAUGUACAUGGCUCCUGAAGUUAUUAUGUCUCAACAUUAUGAUGCUAAGGCAGAUUUAUGGAGCAUAGGAACAGUAAUAUAUCAGUGCCUAGUUGGAAAACCACCUUUUCAGGCCAAUAGUCCUCAAGAUUUAAGAAUGUUUUAUGAGAAAAACAGAAGCCUAAUGCCUAGUAUACCCAGAGAAACAUCACCCUAUUUGACUAACCUCCUUUUGGGUUUGCUUCAGAGAAACCAAAAGGAUAGAAUGGAUUUUGAAGCAUUUUUUAGCCAUCCUUUUCUCGAGCAAGUUCCAGUAAAAAAGUCCUGUCCUGUCCCCGUGCCCGUGUCGGCUGGCUCUGUCUCCGGAACCCCCUGUGGCAGCUCUCCAUCUUGUCGCUUUGCCUCUCCACCAUCCCUUCCAGAUAUGCAGCAUAUUCAGGAAGAAAACUUGUCCUCCCCACCACUGGGUCCUCCUAACUAUCUACAAGUGUCCAAAGAUUCUGCCAGUACUAGUAGCAAGAACUCCUCUUGUGACACGGAUGACUUUGUUUUGGUUCCACACAACAUCUCGUCAGACCACUCAUAUGAUUUGCCAAUGGGAACUGCUGGCAGACGGGCUUCAAAUGAGUUUUUGGUGUAUGGAGGGCAAUGUCAGCCUUCUAUGUCACCUUACAGUGAGGCAGCACCAGUUCCAGUUCCCACUCAGAUAAGAAAUUACCAGAGAAUAGAGCAGAAUUUGUCAUCUACUGCCAGCUCGGGCUCAAAUAUACAUGGUUCUCCAAGAUCUGCAGUGGUGCGAAGGUCUAACACCAGCCCCCUGGGUUUUCUCCGGCUGGGCUCCUGCUCUCCUGCACCAGCAGACACGCUACAGACUGUUGGGCGGAGACUCUCCACAGGCUCCUCCAGGCCUUACUCACCUUCUCCUCUGGUUGGUACCAUUCCUGAACAGUUUGCUCAGUGUUGCUGUGGGCAUCCUCAGGGCCAUGAAUCCAGGAGUAGAAACUCAUCAGGUUCUCCGGUGCCUCAGGCUCCAUCACCACAGUCUCACUUACUGGGUGCUAGGCUGCAGAGUGCCCCCACCCUCACUGACAUCUACCAGAACAAGCAGAAGCUGAGGAAGCAGCACUCGGACCCUGUGUGCCCAUCCCACACCAGGGCUGGCUGUAGCCACUCACCUCAGCCUAGCCGGCCUGGCAGCCUGGGAACCUCCCCCACCAAACACCUGGGGUCCUCUCCACGGAGUUCUGACUGGUUCUUUAAAACCCCUUUGCCAACAAUCAUAGGCUCUCCAACUAAGACUACUGCUCCUUUCAGAAUCCCUAAAACGCAGGCUUCUUCCAACCUCCUGGCCUUGGUUACUCGGCACGGGCUUUCCGAAGGACAGUCUAGAGAUGGGAGUGACCUCCAGGAAUGCUCCCAUUGUCUCCUAGUGCGAGGAGGCGAGAGGCAGAAGGCUGAGCAGCAGAAUAAGGCAGUAUUUGGCAGAUCUGUUAGUACUGGGAAGUUAUCAGAUCAACAGGUAAAGGGCCCUUUAGGACAUCAGGGCAGCACUGACAGUUUAAAUACAGAACGACCAAUGGAUAUAGCCCCUGCUGGAGUCUGUGGUGUUGUAGUGGCACCUCCUGCAGGAACUGGAGCGAGUUCCCGGGCUGUUCUGUUCACUGUGGGAUCUCCCCCACACUGUGCCACAGGCCCAUCUUGUGCUCAUAUGGUCCUUCGAACAAGAACAACCUCAGUGGGCUCCAGUGGUUCUGGAGGCUCCCUGUGCUCUGCCAGCGGCCGUGUGUGUGUGGGUUCCCCACCGGCACCGUGCUCGGGGUCUUCUCCAGGAGCAGAGGCAGCGUCUGGCCUGAGAUACAUGCCUUAUGGUGCUUCACCCCCCAGCCUUGAGGGGCUCAUCACCUUUGAAGCCCCGGAACUACCAGAGGAGACACUCAUGGAGCGGGAGCACACGGACACCUUGCGCCACCUGAAUGUGAUGCUGACGUUCACUGAGUGCGUGCUGGACCUGACGGCCGUGCGGGGGGGGAACCCGGAGCUGUGCGCAUCCGCUGUCUCCUUGUACCAGAUUCAGGAGAGUGUGGUUGUGGACCACAUCAGCCAGCUGAGCAAAGACUGGGGUCGAGUGGAGCAGCUGGUGUUGUACAUGAAAGCGGCACAGCUGCUGGCAGCAUCUCUGCAUCUCGCCAAAGCCCAGAUCAAAUCUGGUAAACUGAGCCCGUCCACGGCUGUGAAACAAGUUGUCAGAAAUCUGAAUGAAAGAUAUAAAUUCUGCAUUACCAUGUGCAAGAAACUUACAGAAAAGCUGAAUCGCUUCUUCUCUGACAAGCAGAGAUUUAUUGAUGAAAUCAAUAGUGUAACUGCAGAGAAGCUCAUCUAUAAUUGUGCUGUGGAAAUGGUUCAAUCUGCAGCCCUAGAUGAGAUGUUUCAGCAGACUGAAGAUAUUGUUUAUCGCUAUCAUAAGGCAGCCCUUCUUCUGGAAGGCCUAACUAAGAUUCUCCAGGACCCUGCAGAUAUUGAAAAUGUACAUAAAUAUAAAUCUAGUAUUGAAAGAAGAUUGUCAGCCCUCUGCUACAGCGCUUCCUCAACUAUGUAAGCAGCAGCAGGUGGAUCCCAGGGACCACUGGUGCGGUGAGAGGUGACACGUCUGGAAAUAGAGAAUGUCACCCUAUCGUCAGAAAUGGCAGCUUCUUAACUGGUGACUACCAAAGAACAAGCUGCGAUUUUAGGAAGGAAAAACAAUCCUGAGCUGCAUACACUUGUGGGGAAUCUGCCUUAUUGGAGAAGUUACCCUUACUUUUUUCUUUGUAGAAGCCAAAACAAGAGUUUCCCAUUUGACUUUCAGCUUGAACUUGGGAAACAUAGGUAUCUUAGAACUAUCAGUGCAGUCAUUUAUAAGAACAGUUAGAGUGAAGCAUAGUAAGUGACUCCUCAUUCCAAUCACCAGAGCAGCAUGUGAAAUUCCACAUGUUCGUUGAAGGUUAGAAAAAAAAAAUCUAUGUCUCAGAAAACAAGACAAAAAAGAACAACAGCAACAAAAAAUGUAUGUCUCAUCCAAGAAUAUUGACAUUUGGGGUAAGUUGUCUUCACUCUGAGCACACAUCCUUAAGCAGCUCAGGAAGAAAGAGCUCACAAAGUGAAAGGAGACUCCUGGAAGAAAUUGUGAAAGUCUUCAACUUGCUCAGAUGUGGACACCUGUUAAUCUUCCAGAAUCUUUCAUGUUGCACUAAUUUAUUAAAAAAAAAAACACCACAACUGUAUUGGAUUUUGCAACUUAAAACUGAGGCACAAUGGACUUGUUUCAAAUAUUUUACUUGAUUAUAUACAUAUAUUCUUUCCAAAACUCACAUGUAAUCUCUAGUGGACUUUUAAAAGGUAAAAUUUGUGUUUAUGUGAACCUUUUCAUUUUUUUUAACCUAUUCAUAUAUACCUACAUAUUUUCUCAAUGGUAUUUUAAGUUGCUUGUUUGCUUUUGGUUGCAUUUUUUUAUUGUGCAUGCAGAACGUGCAUUGAUGCCUGUGACCUCUAGGUUUAUUGAAGACUAGGUUUAUUUGGGCAGUAUUAGAAAAAAAAUACCGAUCAGGAGAUACUCUCAAGAAUUUUAUUAGAGCCAAAACAAAGUUGGUGAUAAAGGCUAGUUAGUGAUGUAAAGUUUCUACAUGAAAGUGAAAAUGAAGUUUGUUUCCUUUUAGGGAAAUGGGCAGCCCUCUUAGCCUGUUCUGCGUUUCCUCUUAGCCCGGCAGUUCACCAAAUAGCUAGCCCUGGAGAAUGUAGACAGUUAUCUUCCCUCCAGAAACAGUUUCUUCAUUGGUAUACUACUUGAUUUCUUUUACUUACCUGCUUGAAUACUUGAAUAAACCAUUCUCCAGUUUUAAUUUUUUAAUUUUAAUCCUUUUGGAUACUAAAAUCUGAACUCUGACAAAUUACACCAAAACUUGUUGACAUUGAUCUAAUUUUAGUGUACUUAUAAACAUGAGCAAAAAGUUUUGCUUUACUUUAACAAAAUUAUGUAAUUUUUACCUUAUUUAUCUGUAUGAAAUUCCAGUAGUUAAUUUGAACAUUUAUUUAUAUGAUGUUUGUAUUUUUAGGUCUUUAAUACAGUGUUUCUACCUCUCAUUUGUAACUGCAUGCAUUAUUCUUGAAACUAGGUAAAACUCACCAAAUCAUUGUGUAAUAGUAGCUUUUUUAUUAUUGCCUGUACAGCUGUAUAUUAAGGUAAAAAUAAAACUGACACAGUGUUUUUAGGGCAGCUAGGUCCAUGUUACAUGACUUAUCAAGCCAGGUCCUUCCUCAGUUGAGUUUGGAGGCAUGGCCAUUAGCACCCUUUGUCCUACCCCAGGGAUUUUGAUACUUGCAGACUGUCAUGCAGGCUGCCAGGAAUACAGAUUGUGGUGAUGAUUCCUACCCUUUCUAGGCAGGGUUUAUAAGCACUGUUAUUAGUGAUAUCUAUUUUUUAUCAUUUUUUCCCCUGUGUUCACAGGUCAGUUUCCUUUGAGUUCUUAGUAUCUCCCAUUUUAUCUCAGUUCACUGCGGGAAUGAGUUUCUUGGUGUCCUCCUCCCCCCCCCCCCCUUUUUGUCCCCACCCUCUCACCAUUAGACAGGAUAAGGCAGAUUGUUCACAGUGGGAGCGUGAUUGGUCUGAAAUCGAUAACCAGGCAUGUGGUUAUUAUCAUACUUCGUGACUUCUACAUCCCUUCCCUUCAUAAGUAAGUUCUGUGGUGGAUGGUGUGUGUGAAACAGGUCUGACAGCAGAAGAGAAUGACAAACUGUAAAUUCAUAGAUUCUGAUUAUACUUACAUUAUCAAGGCCAAUUGUUUUAAGAGAUUUUUGCCUUGAUUAUAGCAAUAAUAAACAAAUGCUUUAUGUUUCUGUGA